AGUCGCCACGCCCCCUUGUACUUUCGGCUUCCUGUUAUGCUCAAUCGUGUUAAACCCACGUGUGUGCGCGUGUUUAAAAACAUUAAUUUUGCGCGAUAAACGUUUAUAACGCGCGUAAGGAGCUCUAAGUUAGCAGAGUUGCUUCCACAAGAAAGGAAAUGUCGAAGAGGAGUAACAUUUAGCCUGAGUGUGAGUAAGGCAGUAAAUAACGAGUUAUGGAGGAUAUUUCUCAGGCUUCUGUUCAGAGCGACUCUUCGAGAGAUGCUUUGUUAGAAACCCCUGCGUCUGACAGUGACUCUGGCGACAGCUUGUUUGUGACCCAGUCUGUGACUUCAGCAUUGAGGAACGUUAAAAGACACCGUCCAUCUAAUACCCAGGCUUGUCCCUUUAGGCAGGAGUCAGAGGAUAAGCAGGAGACGGUGCAGCAUGAAAAAAAUGGGACAAGGAGUGACUCUGAUAGUGAGGCUAGUUAUGCUGACUUGCAUCAGGGAAAACCGGCAAUGAUAAAAAGCACUAGACGUCAUCGUCGCCCAAGGAGUAGGAGAGUGGCUCCAAAGAGGAUGGCGUUACCUUUCCUGAAGUCUGAUUCCGGAAAGCUUUGUGUCCGUGGAAACCAAACUAUAGUGAAUUCAGAGCUCGGUGGGUUCUUUAAAUGUAUAUUGAAGCUGAACAAUGGAUGCAAGGAGAACAGAAGAGAACUGAGUCCAUCAAUUUUGCCUUCUGAAGUGGAGCAAAACCAUGAGGACAACGAUGAUGAUGAUGAUGAUGAUGAUGAGGACAUCAGAAAAGUGAAUCCAGAUUUCUUUAUUUAUGGUGGACAUAAAAGAAUUCGACAAACAUGGCAACCUUUCCUGAAAUGGAAAACGAUACAGGACCCAAGAAAGUGCACCAAGAAGAGCAAAAAAUGUCAAGAAGAGUGGGAGAAAUCGUAUCAAACCAGGCAAGUAGCAGAAGACCCGAUGGAGCCUCAAGAUGACACGGAUGUACGUAAUGAGAACAGUUUAUUUAAUAUAGAGGAGUCUCAGUCCUGGAGAAUGGGUGAAGGAAGCAGUAAAUUCCCUGCUAGUCCUUCUCUCUCUCCAUGUUCGACCCCUUCUUGUCUUUCCCCUGAAAAAUCUCUUUUUGUUCAAAAUUUAUUCAUGGAUCGUAUGGAGAAACACACUGAGAAUUCACAACAAGUUUUGGUGACAUGCUCACAAUCACAAUCCGUCGACCGGCAUCAAGCUGAGAAAAUUGAUAAAACUUUUGAGAAAAGGAUGGAACCAAUUGAUGAAAUGGCCGUUGAGGAGACACGGUGGCCAUGUUCAGCAGACAAAGUUUCUGUCUUACUUGGAAAACGUCUUGUACUCUGCUUGAAAAAGAUCUCAACCUAUGAUCUCCAAGGACAAAGCAAGGAUAUCUGUCAAAGUGUACAUCAUGAUACAGUGGAUAACGAAGACUUGGUUAGUGCUAGUGGAGGUUUCAUCAGCUCACAGGAUCUUUUUCAAGAACCAAAUAAUCAAGCAAGUCCUUUAAAAGAGACUGAUGUUGAGAAUGCUAAUGAAAAAAUGAAAAACUGCGUAUUGCUACAUGAUGACACAGAUUCACUAAUGAAGAACAAGAGAUGUUCAUCGACCUUAGCAGAUGUGGAAGGUGACACUGUUAAAUAUUCCAAAUCUCUCUCAACAACAGAUGGAGAUUUAGACCAAGCAAGGAUGGAACCAAUUGAUGAAAUGGCAGUUGAGGAGACACGGUGGCCAUGUUCAGCAGACAAAGUUUCUGUCUUACUUGGAAAACGUCUUGUACUCUGCUUGGAAAAGAUCUCAUCCUAUGAUCUCCAAGGACAAAGCAAGGAUAUCUGUCAAGGUGUACAUCAUGAUACAGUGGAUAACGAAGACUUUGUUAGUGCUAGUGGAGGUUUCAUCAGCUCACAGGAUCUUUUUCAAGAACCAAAUAAUCAAGCAAGUCCUUUAAAAGAGACUGAUGUUGAGAAUGCUAAUGAAAAAAUGAAAAACUGUGUAUUGCUACAUGAUGACACAGAUUCACUAUUGAAGAACAAGAGAUGUUCAUCGAUCUUAGCAGAUGUGGAAGGUGACAAUGUUAAAUAUUCCAAAUCUCUCUCAACAACAGAUGGAGAUUUAGACCAAGCAAGAAAAGAAAAUAACAAAAAGACAUCAGAUAAUAGUGUGGAACAUGUGUAUCCAUCAAUGCCAUUAAAAGAUUACACAACAGGAUCCAGAGGAAGUAAUUACUCAAGUCCCAGUAAGGACUUACUCAUGGUCAGACAGAAAGAGAAGACCGAGAGCCCACUGUUUAAAUAUGGUGGGAUCAAAUUUCUGAAAAGGAAGAAAGGUAAGGUCCCUGAGAUCUCUCAUAACCUCUCACAAGUUGAUCCAGGUCAGAAUGAAGAUCAUGUACCUCACUUUAAUGAUGAUGUCAAGCAGAAAAAAAGAAAAAAGGUAAAAAAUGUUGGGUUAUUAGAGGAACCAGUCAACACCUUGCCAGAAAUCAGUGUUUCUACAGAGUCAUGUCUAUCAGUUCAGGACUCUUCAGUAGUUUGUGCUUCAGUUUCUGAAAAUAAACCAAAGAGAAAGAAAGACAAAUAUGUUGGACUGUUAGAGGAACCAGUUGUUACCCCACAAGAAAUCAGUGUUUCUGCAGACCCUGGUCUAUCAGUUCAGUACUCUUCAGUGGUUUGUGCUUCAGUUUCUGGAAGUAAACCAAAGAAAAAGAGAAAGAAAGACAAAAAUGUUGGACUCUUGGAGGAACCAGUUGUUACCCCACAAGAAAUCAGUGUUUCUGCAGACUUUGGUCUAUCAGAUCAGGACUCUUCAGUAGUUUGUGCUUCAGUUUCCGGAAGUAAACCAAAGAAAAAGAGAAAGAAAGACAAAAAUGUUGGACUGUUAGAGGAACCAGUUGUUACCCCACAAGAAAUCAGUGUUUCUGCAGACUUUGGUCUAUCAGAUCAGGACUCUUCAGUGGUUUGUGCUUCAGUUUCCGGAAGUAAACCAAAGAAAAAGAGAAAGAAAGACAAAAAUGUUGGACUGUCAGAGGAACCAGUUGGUACCCUACACGAAAUCAGUGUUUCUGCAGACCCUGGUCUAUCAGAUCAGGACUCUUCAGUAGUUUGUGCUUCAGUUUCCGGAAGUAAACCAAAGAAAAAGAGAAAGAAAGACAAAAAUGUUGGACUGUUAGAGGAACCAGUUGUUACCCCACAAGAAAUCAGUGUUUCUGCAGACUUUGGUCUAUCAGAUCAGGACUCUUCAGUGGUUUGUGCUUCAGUUUCCGGAAGUAAACCAAAGAAAAAGAGAAAGAAAGACAAAAAUGUUGGACUGUCAGAGGAACCAGUUGGUACCCUACACGAAAUCAGUGUUUCUGCAGACCCUGGUCUAUCAGUUCAGGACUCUUCAGUGGUUUGUGCUUCAGUUUCCGGAAGUAAACCAAAGAGAAGGAAAGACAAAAAUGUUGGACUGUCAGAGGAAGCAGUUGGUACCCUACACGAAAUCAGUGUUUCUGCUAACUUUGGUCUAUCAGAUCAGGACUCUUCAGUAAUUUGUGCUUCAGUUUCCGGAAGUAAACCAAAGAAAAAGAGAAAGAAAGGCAAAAAUGUUGGACUCUUAGAGGAACCAGUUGUUACCCCACAAGAAAUCAGUGUUUCUGCAGACUUUGGUCUAUCAGAUCAGGACUCUUCAGUAAUUUGUGCUUCAGUUUCCGGAAGUAAACCAAAGAAAAAGAGAAAGAAAGACAAAAAUGUUGGACUGUUAGAGGAACCAGUUGGUACCCUACACGAAAUCAGUGUUUCUGCAGACCCUGGUCUAUCAGUUCAGGACUCUUCAGUGGUUUGUGCUUCAGUUUCCGGAAGUAAACCAAAGAGAAAGAAAGACAAAAAUGUUGGACUGUCAGAGGAACCAGUUGGUACCCUACACGAAAUCAGUGUUUCUGCAGACCCUGGUCUAUCAGAUCAGGACUCUUCAGUAAUCUGUGCUUCAGUUUCCGGAAGUAAACCAAAGAAAAAGAGAAAGAAAGACAAAAAUGUUGGACUCUUAGAGGAACCAGUUGUUACCCCACAAGAAAUCAGUGUUUCUGCAGACUUUGGUCUAUCAGAUCAGGACUCUUCAGGAGUUUGUGCUUCAGUUUCCGGAAGUAAACUAAAGAAAAAGAGAAAGAAAGACAAAUAUGUUGGACUGUUAGAGGAACCAGUUGGUACCCUACACCAAAUCAAUGUUUCUGCAGACUUUGGUCUGUCAGUUCAUGAUUCUUCCGUGGUUUGUGCUUCAAUUCCCUGUCAAGGUUCUGCUUAUUUGGUGUCCAUUGCUAAGGAAACUGAGCUACUGACUGGAAAUGAUCUUUUUAUACCUGAGGUUAACCAACUGGACAUUGGUGCACAAGCUCAUAAAGAUCAUGUUCAGCAUGAGAGUCAUGAACCACCAAGGAAAAAGAAAAAGAAGACAAAGAAAAGGGAUACAAGUCCUGUGAUAUCUGAGGAGAUGGUUGCUCCCAAGUCUAGUAAAGAGUCUCAUUUGAACCAUUGUACCAAAACUGUCAAGAAAAAGAAACAAAAGUUUAUAUAUGAUGUCGGUGAAAGUCAAGUAGCAGAGAUGUUUUCGGACAGUCAAAAUAUUGGUGAACCGUUUAAAAAAAUUCUUAAAAUACCAGCAGGUAUAGAAAUCCAACCAGCAAAUAACAUAGAUUUGAUGACAGAUGAGACUGUUACUCCAAAAAAGAAGAGAAGGAAGCGGCAAGAUGUUGUCAGGGAAGAAAAUGUGGAUGUUGAGGCAUCGUUUGUAGAGACCACAGAACAAGUGCAGACCUUGGAUACUUUUCAAGAUUCUGUGCAACAAGCAGCUGAGGUAGUUCAGGUAAAAAAGCAAAAGAAGAAAAAGGACAGAACUGUAACAUGCCAUGAAGAGGAGGUGUUUAAAAAUUCAACUGUGUCUAUCGGACUUGGAGACACAACAACAUCCAAAACACCAAACAACAACCCUGAGACUGGAGGGAUUGACAAAGAGGAAGGUCUUGGUGAAUCUGAACCAGUUAAGAAAAAGAAGAAGAAAAGAAAAUAGUUGGACAGUGAUGGACCUUGCUUGGUUUCUCAUGCCUUGGAAUAUUUGAAUAACUCCAGUUGGCUCAAUAACGAACAGACAAAAGUGGUAAAAGGAGCUUCAAAAAGUGGACAGAAACUUUAUAAAGAACAUCCUGCACCAUGUUUGAAAAUCCAGUUAACAAAUGACAAGAAUAAGAAAAAGAAAAGUCAGAGGACCAAAGGUGAUGACUCUGAAAGUACUCAACAAGUUCUGCUAUCAGACGAUUCCAUACAGCUAAAUGGUAAAAAGAAAAAGAAAAAAGUGGGAUAGAAACAGACACCGAUGUUUGAAUAUGACGUUUAUAAGGAAGGUGUUUUUUUUUUUUUUUACAAAACAGAAGUAACAUAUAGAUAACUAACGUAAAGAUAAGAACCAACUUUUUAUUCAUUAAUGGCUGCAAAUAAUUUGCCUUUCCCCACCAUAAUACUUUGCCAAUAUUUAUGUUUAAAUAUUAUCCUGAAGAGAAGUGUCUCCCUCAUCUGGUACAUAACGUGUAUAUACAUACAUGCAUGUUUUUUUUCCCCCUCCAAGUUAAUUGCUGUUUAUUUCUGAACACUGGAUCAACACUGAAGUUUCAUAUCAUUUAUUUUAAUGUUUUGUUUUUAUUGUUUUUCCUGGGUAAAAAUUUUAACUUAGAAUUGAAGAAUAAAGGCUUAUUUAAAAUUUGAGGCAACUACUAGGAUUUAAUGCCGUAAUUAGGUUUAACUAAGUAUAUGUUAAAUGGUUACUGCAAAUUCUAACCUACAACUAGAAAGCAUUUAGGCCACAAGAUUAAUGAAGUAAUGUUGGGGAAAUUAUGACUGGCCGCUUAUACUCCUGUGUGAUCGUGCAUGCUCAAUUGGGGAUGACAAAGGACAAGCAGUAUGAUUUGUUAGGUGACUGGCAACAAAACCUUGAAGGAUUCAUUGUGCUGGAUGUGUGCAAGGCUUCUGGAAAAUAGGUGUUCUUUCUUAUCACAAGGACCUGAGUUAAGCUUGUGUUGUCUAAACACAUAAAAUGUGGACAUGUGUAUAAAAAUUAAGUAUGUGAUGACUGAGACCAUUUUGAAGCUUUUGUUUUUAGCAUUCAACUGUUCAUUAUUUAUUGAAUGCUGUAAACUAUGCUUGAGCUCAUGUAAAUGUCGUAUCAAUUUUUUUUCUUUCAGUAUUUCCUAACUUCUUUUUACUUUUAAAAACAAUUCUCUGCUUUGGUGGUGUUUUUUAGAGAUCAGAUUGCAGUGCUUUCGGGGGAAAUUCUGCUGCUGAAAUCUCUAGUCACUUGACACCUCCAUGUAGUCAUCUAGCAAAGUUCACUUGUUCUAAUACUGGAACAGCUUUUAAAAUAGUAGUAAUGGAGCUUCCCAGCAGGAAAUAGAGAAAUAAAAUAGAAAUGUGUGUGUUAAAUAAUGGAGCAACUGAAAUUCUUUUUAUGUUGGCGUUUAUUUGGACAUUAAUAAUGGACAUAGACAUUAAUAAAUAAAUCAAGAUUAAACUGCAGUUUAAAGUGGCAAAGAUUUUAUAACAUCUACAGUAUAUAUAGUAUUACAAGUCUGUGCUUACAGCUAAGCUUGGGGCACUCUAUGGGACUUUUAAGGUAUGCGACAUACACAUAGCCUCCCACUGGUUUGUUUUCUGAAUUUUGAUACAGGACGUACAAAAAUAUUACUAAUAGAUACUGUAUUCAUCCCUGUGGGAAAUUCACAUUUACAUCAUAACUACCAAUAUUUCUAUGUAUCAUCUGAACUAUUAUGAAAGGGGAAGUGGUAUUGAAAAGAAAUUACAUUAAAAUGUGAAUUAUAACCAGUCUAUAAAUUUAACAUUAAAAAUUAAAUUGCAUAGUAAGUCGUUAUUUGUUUAAUCUUAACUUUUUUCAAAUCCUGGAGGCAAUAUUUCAGUGAUCUUCCAUGUACUUGGUGACUUUUCUUUGUUGUACGAUCGGAUCUCCGUGGACUUAAUUAUAUCAUCGUCACCUCUAAUAGCUUAAACUUUCAUGGGACCAGGACCUUCUGCAACCUGUUGACAGGAAUCCCUGGUGGUGGGUGGCUAGUGAGUUUCUCAUUCUUAGCUCACUUAGCAUGAUGCAAUAGAUUUAAUAGAUUGGAAAUUUUGAGAAUCUGUUUGUUCUUACAUCUUCCUCUUUUGCAACACACAGGUUAAACCUGCUGGACUUAAAUAAAAGUAACACAUUUUUCACUCA